AGAGAGGAUCUCUCAGUCACUAUAGUUUUCCACACCCAAAAAGGUAGAUCUGAUUUUUCCUUCUUUGGGAUAUUAAUUUCUCCUCUCCGUUCUUGUCCGCCAUGGCUGCCGCCAAGUUACUGCUUACCGACUUCGCCUUCACCGUUAACCAUGUGCCCUCCAACUACAUCAGACCCAUCUCCGAUCGUCCCAACCUCGCCGAUGUUCAGACCUCUGAUGCCUCUAUUCCUGUCAUUGACCUCCAGGGACUCUACGGUCCCAACCACUCUGUUAUUGUCCACCAAAUUGGCCAAGCUUGCCAAGAAUAUGCUUGCCAAGAAUAUGGUUUUUUACAGGUGAAGAACCAUGGAGUGCCAGAGGCAAUGAUCAACAACAUGGUAAAUUUAGCUAGAGAAUUUUUCCGGUUACCGGAGAGUGAGAGGCUGAAGAAUUUCUCCGAUGACCCUUCCAAGGCUAACAGGCUUUCUACUAGUUUCAAUGUCAAGACAGAGAAGGUUGCCAACUGGAGAGAUUUCUUGAGACUACACUGUUUACCUUUGGAAGACCACGUGCUCGAGUGGCCUUCAAAUCCUCCAUCCUUUAGGAAGGUUGUCGCGGAAUAUUGCACACGUGUUAGAGGGUUGACGCUGAGACUGCUUGAGGCCAUUUCCGAGAGCUUGGGACUGAAGAGAGAUCACAUAGACAAGACACUAAGUAAGCAUGGUCAGCACAUGGCCCUCAACUACUAUCCACCCUGUCCCCAGCCAGAGCUUACUUAUGGUUUGCCUGGACACACUGACCCUAACCUAAUCACCAUCCUUCUGCAAGACGAUGUUCCUGGGUUGCAGGUUCUGAUUAACGGGAAGUGGGUUGCCGUUAAUCCCAUUCCAAACACUUUUAUUAUCAACAUUGGGGAUCAAAUGCAGGUUAUAAGCAAUGACCGAUACAAGAGCGUACUUCAUCGAGCCGUGGUGAACUGUGAAAAGGAACGUACGUCCAUCCCAACAUUCUACUGUCCGUCACCGGAUGCUCUGAUAGGUCCAGCGGAGGAGUUGAUUGACGACGAACACCCUGCCGUCUACAGGAAUUUCACCUAUGCUGACUACUAUAAGAAGUUUUGGAACAGGGGACUUGCUACAGAGUGCUGCUUGGACAUGUUCAAAGCUUCAAAUUCUUGAUUUAUCAUGGCCUUUUCUUUGAUUGUAAUCUGUAUUUGAAAUAGAUUUCCUCAUAGAUGAGUAGAUCUCUUGGCCACGUCACAUUGGUUAUGUUGAAGAUAGCAAUUUAUAGUUGGGAAAUGCGAUUGGAACGAUUUUUUUAUCUUAUCUUUUUGUAUAAUUCUUGGUUAUGUAGAUUUUCUCUGAGGUUGUAAAAAUUUUCUCUGAGGAUGAUUCCAAAGGUUUUUCAUAGAUCACUACUGGAAAACUGGGCAAAAACGAUAAAUACAUAUUCAACAG